CGCUCUGGGCCACAGCAACUCGCUCCAAGUUCCCUCCCUCGCUCCCCGGCGAAGCCUGCCUGAGCCCUCCCACUCGUUGCAGACCGAACCAUCGCGCCCGCAGCCAGCCGGGGCGCUCCACGGCCUCGCGUCCUGGGCCCCCUCGGCCACCCCGGUCGGCUCUCCGCCCGUGGCCCCAGCGAGGCGGUGGCGAGGGCUCGGCAGCCCCUGCGGUCCGCACUAGGUCCUUGGGCGGCGCCGGCUGCCGGGACCCCGUCCCUCUCGCGCCGCGACUCUCUCUCUCUGCCUGCCGUCCCCUGGAGCCCAGCGCCCGGCUCGGGCCGCACCGCGCCGAACCGAGGAGCGCGGCCGAGGAGGAUGCUGUUCUUGACUCUACAACUCAGUGCUUUUACUCAGUAUCCUUGGCAGCAUUCUGAAGCACAGUGAAAUCCCCAGUUGGACAUCCAGAGCCGUGGAAGUUAACAAAAAGUCUUUAAGGCCUGAAAGGGAAAUAAAAGAUAUUUCAUACUGCAGAGAGUACUUUAAGAUAGGGAGGAUCCCCUGUGACUUCUGCCUACCAUCCACAAAAUACUGAUUCCUCUUCCAACUCUGCCUGCAGUUAAACACAAAGACCUGGGGAGACUCCCACAUCCUUGGGGAGAAGAAAAGAGGCAGCCAAGCAGAUUAAAGGGACUUGUGGCUCGUGGCCUUUCUGCACAGGAGCAAAGUGAAUUCCGGCCACAGUGGCAAUUAACGAGCUGUGUGAGAUGAGGCGCUGCCGUGGCUGCUGACACCCAAGGUUCCAGGAUCCGUUGGCUGCCCUUUGUGCCUCACGCACAUGUGUCUAUUCAGCGCAUCCGGAGGCGCCCAGAAGAGAAUCCAACACGGCUGCCGGGGAGAGACCACCCACCAUGCCCACGGAGACCCUACAGACAGGUAGCAUGGUGAAACCGGUCAGCCCCGCGGGCACCUUCACCUCAGCCGUGCCCCUGCGCAUCCUCAACAAGGGGCCCGACUACUUUCGCAGGCAGGCCGAGCCCAACCCCAAGAGACUCAGCGCCGUGGAGAGGCUGGAAGCGGACAAGGCCAAGUACGUCAAGAGCCAAGAGGUCAUCAACGCCAAGCAGGAGCCCGUGAAGCCAGCCGUGCUGGCCAGACCCCCGGUGUGCCCCGCCGCCAAGCGCGCGCUGGGCAGCCCGACGCUCAAGGUGUUCGGCGGCGGAGCCAAGACUGAGAGCGGCGUGCAGAGGGAGAACCUUAAGCUCGAGAUCCUGAAAAACAUCAUCAACAGCUCAGAGGGCUCCAGCUCGGGCUCAGGCCACAAGCACAGCUCCCGGAAUUGGCCGCCCCACCGGCCCGAUGCCGCCGACCUGCACCGGCACUCCUUCGCCGAGUCGCUCAGGGUCUGCCCCACGCAGGGCCGUGGCAGCCCGCAGGAGGGCGGCUCCCACGUGGGCCGCAGGCUGCUGGAGCCAUCAGCCGAGUCCUUCCUGCACGUGUCGCACAGCUCCUCAGACAUCCGCAAGGUGACCAGCGGGAAGCCCUUGAAAGCGAUCCCCUGCAGCAGCUCCGCCCCACCCCUGCCUCCCAAACCCAAGGGGGCUGCCCUCGCGGCCGUGAAGUCUCCCGAGGUCGACCCCAUGGAACCCACCUGCGGGGUCAGCCGGAGACCCUCGCUCCAGCGUUCCAAGUCAGACUUGAGUGACAGGUAUUUCCGGGUGGACGCAGACGUGGAGAGGUUCUUCAACUACUGCGGAUUGGACCCCGAGGAGCUGGAAAACCUGGGAAUGGAAAACUUUGCAAGGGCUAAUUCCGACAUAAUAUCCCUCAACUUCCGCAGUGCAAGCAUGAUCAGCUCAGACUGUGAACAGUCUCAGGACAGUAACAGUGACCUUAGAAAUGACGACAGUGCCAAUGACCGGGUACCAUAUGGCAUUUCUGCCAUCGAAAGAAAUGCUAGGAUCAUCAAGUGGUUAUAUAGCAUCAAACAAGCCAGGGAGUCACAGAAGGUCUCCCAUGUGUAAGGCAAAGUGCGUGCAGAGGAGGGAGGGGUGGUGGGUCUCUGUCUGUGCACCCAAAGCUGUGAAGGUUGUGAGGUCUCCUUGAGGUGUCAUGAGCUUCUCCACACUCUUUGUGUUGCUUGUGCAAUGUUUCCAAGUUGCAUGCCUGUCAACAUGGGGACUGACCUGGCUGCCACGUCAACCAUUGCUGCAGAGCCUGGCUGAACACACGUCAUCUGCCAAAAGUUUCGGGCCAGAAUCUAAUUAGGGCUUCAAUCUUAAGCAAAACUGUUUACAGGAAAAACGGUAUACAACUUCUUCAAUAUUUAUGUGGUUCUUGUGUUUUUAUAUCCCAUGCUAUUGUGUCUUAAUUAAAAGUUUUAUCAAC